GCUGAGGAGGAGGGAGAGGAGGAGGGAAGAGGAGUAGCGGCGUCGGAAAGUUUGGCGGAGCGUCUGGAGUCGGUCGGAGGAAGGAGGGAGGGCAUGGCGGGCAGCUUCCAGGCGCCUUGAAGACCAACCAAGCGGGAGAAGAAGAACAAGAACAAGAAGGAACUCCGCUUCCACAGCAGCCAUGGGCUCCUUGCUGCUCCUCUUUGGCUUACUUUCCCGCAGCCUCUUGUCUUCGGGGCUGGCCAAGCGCGAAUGCCCGGCGCCCUGCCGCUGCUCGGGGGAACUGGUGGACUGCAGCCGCCUCCAGCUGAGCCGAGCGCCCCAGCCCAUCCCGGAGUGGGCCGUUGAGCUAGAUCUAAGCCACAACAAAUUGUCUUCAAUCAAGCCAAGUUCUUUGAGUCACCUUCAUGGUUUGAAAGAAAUAAAACUGAACAACAAUGAAUUAGAAAUCAUACCAGAUCUGGGCACUGUUUCAGCAAACAUUACCCUCCUGUCUCUGACAGGCAACAAGAUUUCAGACAUCCUGCCGGAACACCUGAAGCCAUUUCAGUCUCUAGAAACAUUAGACCUGAGCAACAACAAUAUUUCUGUUCUGAAGACAGGAACAUUUCCACCUUUAGUGCUCAAACACCUCCACAUCAAUAAUAACCGAAUCGUUUCCUUGGAACCUGGCACUUUUGACAAUUUAUCUAGUACACUUCAAGUACUGAAACUGAAUAGGAACCGAAUUUCAGCAAUUCCACAAAAAAUAUUUAAACUCCCUCAUCUCCAGCAUCUAGAGAUGAACCGCAACAAAAUUAGAAAAAUAGAUGGACUUACUUUUCAAGGACUCCCUUCUUUGAAAUCAUUAAGACUACAAAGAAAUGGACUAGCUAGGCUCAUGGAUGGAGCUUUCUGGGGAUUAAGUAACAUGGAAAUACUGCAGCUGGAUCAUAACAACCUAACAGAGAUUACCAAAGGCUGGCUUUAUGGCUUGCUGAUGUUGCAGCAGCUCCAUCUUAGCCAUAACACUAUCAGCAGGAUCAACCCUGAUGCCUGGGAGUUUUGCCAAAAGCUCAGUGAGCUGGAUUUAACGUACAACAAUUUAGCAAGACUAGAGGACUCAAGUUUUGUUGGCUUAAGCCUGCUAUUGAGACUGAAUAUUGGAAACAACAAAGUAAGCUACAUUGCUGACUGUGCCUUCCGGGGACUGACCAGUUUGCAAACCUUAGAUCUUAAAAAUAACGAAAUCUCAUGGACAAUUGAAGACAUGAAUGGUGCAUUCUCUGGUCUUGACAAACUGAAAUGGCUGCUACUCCAAGGAAACAGGAUUAGAUCAAUUACUAAGAAAGCAUUUUCUGGUCUGGAUGCACUUGAACACCUCGAUCUCAGCAAUAAUGCAAUCAUGUCAGUUCAAGGGAACACGUUCUCACAAAUGAAGAACCUGAAAGAGCUUUACCUAAAUACAUCAAGUCUUCUGUGUGAUUGCCAGUUGAAAUGGCUGCCUGGUUGGCUGUUAGACAAUAACUUCCAGACUUUUGUAAAUGCCACUUGUGCCCACCCUCAGAUACUGAAAGGAAGAAAUGUUUUUACUGUCAGCCUAGAUGGGUUUGUCUGUGAUGAUUUUCCAAAGCCACAAAUAACUGUCCAGCCUGAAACUCAAGCAGCAAUCAAAGGUUCCAAUUUAAGUUUUGUAUGUUCAGCUGCCAGCAGCAGUGAUUCGCCAAUGACCUUUGCAUGGAAGAAGGACAACGAGUUGCUGCCCGAUGCAGAGAUGGAGAAUUAUGCGCACCUCAGAGCACAAGGAGGCGAAGUGAUGGAGUACACCACGAUUCUCAGGCUUCGCAAUGUGGAAUUCAGCAAUGAAGGGAAAUACCAGUGUGUCAUCUCAAAUCACUUUGGCUCAUCCUACUCUGUCAAAGCUAAGCUUACAGUGAACAUGCUUCCUACAUUUACCAAAGUGCCCAUGGACCUUACAAUUCGUGCAGGAGCAAUGGCACGCUUGGAAUGCGCUGCUGUCGGACACCCAGUGCCUCAGAUUGCAUGGCAGAAGGAUGGUGGCACCGACUUUCCAGCAGCGCGGAAGCGGCGCAUGCAUGUGAUGCCAGAAGAUGACGUGUUCUUUAUUGUGGAUGUCAAAAUUGAGGAUACCGGUGUUUACAGCUGCACAGCUCAAAACACUGCUGGGAGCAUUUCUGCAAAUGCAACAUUGACAGUAUUAGAAACACCCUCAUUUUUGCGGCCUUUGUUGGACCGAACGGUGACCAAAGGUGAAACUGCAGUGUUGCAGUGUAUUGCCGGCGGUAGUCCUCCGCCACGACUGAACUGGACCAAAGAUGACAGCACUUUAGUGGUGACAGAGAGGCACUUCUUUGCUGCGGGAAAUCAGCUGCUCAUCAUUGUGGACACAGAUUUUGAAGAUGCCGGGAAAUACACAUGUGAAAUGUCGAACACUCUUGGAACGGAGAGAGGCAACAUUCGCCUCAGCGUAAUUCCCACUCCUACCUGUGACUCUCCUCAGAAUGCUGCUCCAUCUUUGGAUGAUGAUGGAUGGGCCACUGUGGGUGUUGUGAUCAUAGCUGUGGUCUGCUGUGUGGUAGGCACUUCCCUUGUGUGGGUGGUCAUCAUAUACCACACAAGGAGAAGGAAUGAAGAUUGUAGCAUCACAAACACAGAUGAAACAAAUCUGCCUGCUGAUAUUCCCAGUUAUCUGUCAUCCCAGGGAACUCUAGCCGAAAGACAAGAUGGCUAUGGGUCAUCAGAGAAUGGAAGUCAGCAUCACUUUGUAUCAUCUUCGUCAUCAUCCAUGGGAGGAUAUUUUUUACAGCAAAGAGACAGUAGUGGAAUUUGUCAUAUGGAUAAUUGCAGUGAAAAUGACCUGGAAGCUGUAACAGAUCCAUUUUUAUGCCAUUAUCUGGGAAUGUCAGGAAGUAUAUAUUUGAAGGGGAAUAUAUGUGGACCAGAUGUAUUUGAAGUAUACCACACAGGCUGCACUCCAGAGCAAAGAACAGUGUGCAUAGACACUUAUGAUUCAAGUUGUUUGAAAAGGAAAGAAUGCUAUCCUCCACCUCACCCACCUGAAGAUCCUUUUGACCAAUAUAUCAGCAUUGCUGGAAUACAUAAUCCAAGUAGUAAAUUGCAUCCUUCUGUUGGCAUGCAAAGUGAAGAAAGUGGAACAAGAAGUUCACAUCUAAACAUGGAUGUGUGUGAUUUUAAGAGGAAUCAAGAACCAUCUUCUGCAGCUACAAGUGGCACUUUCAUGGGAACGUUUGGGAAACCAAUAUGGAGGCACCAACUUGAUUCCUUCUCAAGCUGUAAGCAGCCACCCAUUUGGCAACCUCAAGUCUCUUGUAGUCAUCUUCAUGAGUCGUUGGACUUUGACUCAGAAUCUGAGGAUGAUCACAGAAAGGACAGGACGUUUCCUGAUGGUGACAAUGCCGAUUGCAUUUACAAACAGGCAGCGGAACAUUUUAGGACUCCUGCUUUUCAGUCCUUUGAAUUGGAUACAUAGUUUCCCCGCUUGCUGUAACCCCAAAAUCUAAUUUCUAUGGACCAAAGGAAUAUACUACCUCAAAAUGGACAUUUAUUUAAAAAGAGAAGGGAAGAAAAGACAUUCCAUUCUUAUUUUUUAAUAGAGCUAUGAUUCAGAAAAGAAAUACAUUUUAUAUGGAUACAGGUUUAUUGCCAAAACAUUAUACAGUUUCCUGCGGAUUAUACAUUCCUUAUAGAAUAUAUUUCUAAUAAUUCUAUAGCUUUGUUUUUAACCAAAUGAUACCUUUUUUGUAAAUUAAUGGUGCGAAUAAUAAUUAUGCAUUUGUUACAAGAAAUACUUUGUUGUAUUCAAAUGAGUGCUAAAGCAUUCCAAACAACUGCCAACCGUGUAUAGUGUGUGAGAGAGAGUGUGCUUGUGUUUAAUGGAUAAUUGAAAUUUAUGAGCAAGUAACAUGGUUGUGUUUCCAUAUCACUUUUAACAAGUUGGGCAGCUCUAUUCACAAGAAAAUGACAGAUUGAUGUUCAGAGAAAUGAAAAGGCGAAUUCCUUGCCCCCUUGGCCAAUUCAUCUGCAGUUCAGUGAAUAACAAGCCAUAGCAGAGUAUCAGCUCUAUACACAAAUAUACUUGUCCAUUUUUGCUCCCUGUAGAUUUCAUUAUUGCUACCUCAGGUGCUAUAUGUGAUUCAUCCCCAGUUACCAAUAUGUAUCACAGUUCUCCAAAGCAAAAUUAGCAGCAGGGAACACUACUCCUGAGAGUUAGCAAUGCCACCUGCCUAUACUAGUUGCACUCCAGUGGCUCCAAAUUGAAAGCAGAGAUUUCCCUGAACUAAGGAAAACCCUGUCCACAUUCCCCUUUCAUCUUAUUUUCUUAAUCAUUAAAUACAGAAGGUAUGCUUUGUAUUGAUCUUUUUAUCAUGCAUAUUUGAAAAAUUAGACUAUUGUCUGGAGAUUUCCAUGCCUUGGUGAGCACAUCUGUUUUGAAGAGGCCCUCAUACCCUAACAAUCUCUCAUAUGGAUGUCUUCAGUGAUGACAACCAAAGGCAGUGAAGUCUCUUCAUAUGUGGCAUGGGGAUAUGCAGCCUCUUUAAUUGAUCAUUCCCAAAAAAAACAUUUGAGCCAAACAAUCCACUCAUGAUCCCUCCCAUUGAAAUAUUAAAAAUUGAACUUUGGUGUUAAAGUGCAAAGACCUCAAGUUUAAUCACUGACAUUUCUAUUUCAAAAUGUUGACGUCAGUAGAUAAUGGGAAAGACCUGUACUUGGGUUGUUGCAGCCAUUGUUGUGGAGUUAACCAGAGGUCUUUUGCACCUUUCCUAAGAGUAAGAGCCACUGAAUUAAGCAAGUAGUCAUGGAUAAGGUUGCACUUUUAGAAGGAACAAGUGUGUCACCUAAGGCAUCUUCCUACAUUACUAUUUUAAACAUCCUUGCCAAAGGUUUAACUUUGUGUGUGUGUAUGUAUGUCAGGAACAACUUCAGAAACUACAAAUCACUUCUGUUGUGAGAGAUUUGGCCGUCUGCAAGGACGUUGCCCAGGGGAAGCCUGGAUGUAUUGAUGUUUUACCAUCCUUGUGGGAAGCUUCUCUCACGUCCUUUAAUGGGGAGCUGGAGCUGACAUAGGGAUUUAACCCAUUGCACCACCAGAGGCUCCUAAAGGUUUAGAUUUUCCACUAUCAAUUAGAUAUUUAGCUUGUAAUCUGGCAGUAAACAGAUACAUCUAGUUGCUAGUCCUCCAGUGACUGCUUCAGGAAAAUUGCUGAUACACUUUGCAGAAAUGGCUGCUAGCCAUUUCUAUAUACUGCUUGUAUUUACUUGCUUGUUGCCUUCAUGCGAGCACAUAUCUGGAAACAACCACAUAUAAGAGGAAAAAGCUUGCAUUUAAAAUGAAUGGAUGCAGUAAACAGACUCUGAAUCAUUAAAAAUGUCAAAUGGUGAUGAGCAUGAAACUGAACCUUCUUCAUGGCACAGCAGCCCAAAAUCAAGUGGAUGAGGAAGUUGUGAGCUUAAUGUCACCAUGCUAUUUUAAUGUCCUGGUAAGCCACCAGUUUGUGUGAAAGGGAUAGUUCUACUAAUGUGUAACAUUUUCUGUCUUUCCUUCUUAAACCAUCAUGGUGGCUUUCUUUAUAUUUUCUCUUGCAUAACCUGACCCUAUUUGUGAUUAAUUCUUCUGUAUAACCUAGCUCAGUGCUACCUUUCUUGGUAAAUGCGAGUGGUAGAACUAAACUAGGACCGAGCAAUGUGUGUAGUCUUCCAGAUUUUGUUGCAUGGGGCUAAAGAGAAUUGAAAUUUUGCAGUUGGAGUAUGACAAAUUUCCCACUUCUGUAGUAAAACAUACUACAUAUUGGCCACCUCUGUAGUAGGCUGUUACUUUACGUUACUUUACAAGAGCACUGGCAAACUAAUGGCAAAGAGUGAAUUUGCCCUUCUCCUUUUCAAUGGCAUAACCCCCCCCCACCACCACCACCACCACCACCACCACACAGAUCAGAUGUUUUAUUCCAAGUCAAUAAAAUGGGAUUCUGUGUUUUACAUAAACUGAAAAUAAAGCUCAUUUSGUGCACAAA